UACCACAAAUCGCCCGCGCUCUCUGCCAGGGUCGCGUCAUCUUCGGUAGCUUCCACAGGCGAGCGGGACGCGUCACCGCGCCUCUUCCUGUCUUCCGGUGACAUCUAUUGGUCGCUUGGGAGGGCACGCGGUCGUUUGUCUGGAACGGAAACAAGGCUUCCAUUUUGUGCCGCCGGACCGUUGCACUGUGUCGUCCUUGCCCGAAGCCCGCGACACGUUACAAGAGACAACUGGAAAGGAUGAGCGGCUGUCGGAUCUUCAUUGGCCGCCUGAACCCCUCGGCCAGAGAGAAGGACGUGGAGAGGUUUUUCAAAGGGUACGGCCGCAUCCGAGAUAUCGACCUCAAAAGGGGAUUCGGAUUUGUGGAGUUUGACGAUCCUAGGGAUGCUGAAGAUGCGGUGUAUGAACUAGAUGGCAAAGAGCUGUGCAACGAGAGGGUGACCAUUGAGCAUGCUCGUGUGCGUCUUCGUGGUGGCCGUGGAAGAGGAGGCGGAGGAGGCCGGUUUCCUGAUCGCUAUGUUCGUGGCUCGCAGGAUGGUCGGAGUCGGAACCCUCCCCCAAUGCGCACUGAGAAUCGUCUGAUCGUGGAGAACCUGUCGUCCCGUGUCAGCUGGCAGGACUUAAAAGAUUUCAUGAGACAAGCUGGGGAGGUGACAUUCGCUGACGCCCACCGGCCCAAGCUCAACGAAGGUGUGGUUGAGUUUGCCUCUCACAGUGAUCUGAAAAAUGCCCUUGAGAAACUGUCUGGAAAGGAAAUCAAUGGCAGGAAAAUCAAGCUCAUUGAGGCAGCCAAGAAGAGGUCAAGGAGUCGCUCCCGAUCCGAAAGCUCCUCCCGCUCCCGUUCUCGCUCCCGGGGUCGUUCGCCAUCUCAGUCCCCGAGGCGUUCCCGCUCCCGCUCUCACUCACCCAGCGCUUCCCCCCAAGCCCAGAGAGCCAAGGACGCCACCAAACACUCCUCUAAGGGCAGCAAGACGGGCAGCUCACCCUCCCCGGCACCGGCUCAGCGAACCUCUGCCUCCCGUUCCCGCUCCCGCUCCCGCUCUCCAUCUACUGAUAGCCGCCACUGAGAGUGCAAGGAUGCCCGCAUGCGCAUGCUCAUACUCUCUCUCUCUCUCUCUCACACACACACACUCAUACAUACUCACACACACACACACACACACACACACUCGUACAUACUCACACACGCAUACACACACAUAUAGAGGAAUGAUGGUAUCGUUAUUACAUCAGACGUUUUCUUUCAAAUUCAGAACCAGCUGGUAUGCCAGGGACGGCUAAAUGGCGGCGUGAUGGAAUAUUAUAAAUCCGUGCUGUCGUGUUAACGUACCCGUUCAGUAACAGACAGGCACACAUACUCAAAACAUUUCUUAUUAAGCUAUAUUCCUCUACAGGACUGGACUGCAUCCAAAAUUGUCCAAAAAUGUGAUGACUUUUUUCUUCUUUCUUUUUUUUUUAAAAUUCGCUGGUGUUUCUCAGCAAUUUUGGGGUAAGUGUACGCCGGAAUACUAGCGUUGACGCUCCACAUUCUGCCCACCGCUUUCCAAUCUGUGAGUUCAAAGUUUGUUUUUUAAUCGAGUUUGGAAACCGUUCUGCCGGAGAUGGGUUGUGAAUGGUGUUACAUUGAAGUGUUUUGUUCUGUUUUUUUGGUCUUGAUUUUUAUUUGGACGAUAACUCUUUAUUUUUCUCUGUCCGCACACUCGGCUUUGAAUUGCCAGCGCAGACUGUUUUGCAAUUAAACAUAUUGAACUGUUAAUUACGAGCAUGGUUGAUUGAGUAUUUUUCGAGCGUUUUUGCGAUGCGGUGGGUUUUCUCUCGUUGCCGGAGGUAAGGUUGAUACUUUUGAGCCUGAGGUACUUCUCUAUUAUUUGGUUUUGCCUACAUGAGGCGGUUUUUGUUCACAUUAAAUGGCAUGUUUUUCUUAUUUUAAAGCGUUUCGGUCAGAGCGAGAUAAUUUAGUUUUGUUUUUUUGUUUUUUAUUGUGACCCCGAGAUGACCGUGUCCACAAAUCGUGUUGUCGUUCAAAUGAGUAAAAAAGAUUUGAAAGAAAAAGUUUUGUACUCUUACAUUUAUGUUGUUCUCGGUGAUAGACGAGGUGGACGUUUGUAUGGUAUAGAAAAAAAUAGAUGUAACAACAACCAAUAAAGUGAU